AUGAACACCCGCGGAGAAAUAGGCGAAUUCUCUCAAAUCUUCAAUGGUUUAAUGGAUCUAAUGAGAAGAUUCAUAUUCAGAGUUCUACGCGCGGGUUCAAUCCCGAAUCACAUCUCAUUCAUCAUGGAUGGAAACCGGAGAUUCGCCAAGAGACACAAUCUUAAAGGCCUAGACGCAGGACACAGAGCCGGUUUCAUAUCCGUUACAUGUGUUCUUCAGUACUGCAAAGAGAUUGGAGUACCGUACGUCACACUCUACGCUUUUGGUUUCGAUAAUUUCAAGAGAGAACCUGAAGAAGUCAAGUGUUUGAUGGAUUUGAUGCUGGAGAAAGUCGAGCUCACAAUCGAUCAAGCUAUCUCCGGGAAUCUAAAAGGCGUGAGAGUGAUCUUCGCGGGUGAUUUGAAUUCUUUAAACGAGCGUUUUAGAGCCGCGGCACAGAGACUGAUGGAAAUUACGGAGGAGAAUAGAGGUCUGAUGAUUGUGGUAUGCGUUGCUUACUGCACAAGUCACGAGAUUGUUCACGCUGUUCGAGAAUCUUGUGUGAGGAAGUGUGAUGAUGGAGAUGGUAAUGUAGUUUUGGAGUUGAGUGAAAUUGAAGAGUAUAUGUAUACAUCUGCCGUGCCGGAUCCGGAUCUUGUGAUAAGAACCGGCGGAGGAGACCGGCUGAGUAAUUUCAUGACGUGGCAGACUUCGAAAUCGCUACUUCAUACUACGGCGGCUCUUUGGCCGGAGUUAGGUCUCUGGCAUUUGGUUUGGGCCAUUCUAAAAUUCCAGAGACUGCAAGGUUACUUGCAAAAGAAGCAAAAGCUAGACUAA